GGCAACAAAACGUCAACUUCACCUCGCGCUCCGCCACCACAGCGACUAAAAUGUUGCCCGUAAGAAGGUCGAAAAUGUCCAAAAGGAUGCUACAAAACCUCGCGGAAAGCAUUUGCAAGCAAGUGGCUCACUUCAAUAAAAGAGAGGUGGAGUGCCUUAUAAGAGAGUUUCAUUCGUUAUUAGAGGAGCCGGUGAGUCCUGCGAGGUCAGUUGGCGGAUUGGACAGAUGGAAAUUGAGAAAUUUCCUGCACAUCGCUUUUGGAGUCACCAACGACACAAUUAUGGAUAGUGUGUUUCGGACAUUUGACAAAGACAAUGACGGUUUUGUCAGCUUGAAAGAAUGGAUUGAGGGACUUUCGGUCGUUCUUCGUGGCACCUUGGAUGAAAGAAUAAAAUACUGCUUUCACGUGUACGACUUGAACGGUGACAAGUAUAUCUCCAGAGAGGAGAUGUUGCAAAUGUUGAGGUACAGCCUCAGACUACCUGGGGAAGAGGAUCCUUAUGAUGGCAUCAAAGACCUAGUAGAGAUCACACUCAAGAAGAUGGAUCACGACCACGACGACAGGAUUUCUUUGGAUGACUUUACGAAAUCCGUGAAAAAGGCGAACCACGUCCUUGAGGCUUUUGGAACGUGUCUCCCUAACAUCACAGUAAGUUCAAUGAGUUGUCAAGCAUUCCACAAUCACAACUUUUUUCUAUUUAAAAUAUUUUCUUUUUUUUUCCUUUUCCAGAGGAUUGACACCUUUGAGCAGCGUGUAUUUCAGAGUCAAGUGCACUGAUGAUCAAAGUUUAUUAAUUUUUUUAUAUGCAUGCAACGUCCGUCCAUUUUCUAUACUGUUUGCCUUGACCUCAUUAAGGUUAUAGGUGAGCUAGAGCAAUCCCAACUGAUUCAGGUCAGAGGUCGGGUACACACCUGACUGGUUGCCAGGCAACCACAGGCCAUAUAACUCUUCCCACUUACAUUCACGCCUAUGGACUACUUAGUUUUCAGUUAGCUCAACAUAAAAGGAGUUUGCAUCCGAAGCAGGAGUUUGUGAAGAAAAUCUACACAAGCACGGGAAGAACCUGCAGAAUGUGUCAAGAAAUUAAAAAGAUGUCCAAAGAAA